AUGGAGGAGAACAAGAUGGUUUGGCUAGGGAAAAACACGUCAUAUUUUGCAAUGGUGCCCGGUCCGACCACAAUAUCCAGGGGGGUUGGACAUAUCAUGGAGAUUCAGCUGUGGUUCAGCUAUAAUACUACUGAGGCGUAUGAAGCAGGUUCCCUUACACCUGCACCGGGUAUCUGGAUGGUGAUUUAUGACCCAGAAUUCGAUAUCAAGCAAAUGGUUGCAGAUGGUCAGGUGUACACUUCUCUAUUCGAUGCCAAUAGUCAUACAGCUUCUUCUCCAAACAGUCUAUCAGGAGGAACGACGAUUGGACUGGACGUAGCGGAAGCUGGUGCUUUCUUUGCGCUUGUUCAAUUCUUCAGCUGGAUAGUUUCGGGAAUGGCCUGGGACUAA